UUGAGGGGUUGGAGAGGGUAGAGGAGGUGCUGAGGGGAACGGUGGCGCAAAAGGCCUCGGCUUCCCUCAGGCCGGCGGGCGGGGGUUGUGGAGGCUGACGGGGCUUUCGGGAGGAGGGCAAGCGGGAGAGGGCCUGCAGGCCGGGAGGGCGGCGCGGGCUCUCCUCCCUGGCGGAGGCAACGCCGUACUAGGCCUUUCCUCCCGGUACCUGUGUGCUCCUUAUGCCGCUGUGGGUCAGUGAUGCCACAGGUUCGUGCUCUCCCAUCCCAGUCAGGCUGCAGGGUUGCUUUUAGCGAGGUCUUCUUAGCGCUAACCCGGCAUUGCUGAAACGCUGGGGUGAGAGGUACAAUAAGGGGCUAGUGAGGUCGUAUUGGGUCUGCCUAGUCCUGGCUGUAGUGUGUAAAGAUGCUUGCAGGAAAGUGUAUGAGGCAUCUGGCAUGCUUUGGUGUCAAAGUUAAUAGUCAGGGGUUGGGCAGCUUGCAGCAGAGGUUAUUUGCAACCUCUGGAGGGAAAUGACAUUAUUUUAGAUAGGUUUGUAGUAUUUCAGCACUGAGCAGAAGCGUAUUCUUUAUUGAGAGAUGAGCCUACAAAGUCAUUGCAGGUAACUUUGAAGAGAAAUGCCUAACAGUGCUUCUGUUUCUCUUACUGGAUAAAAAUAACUUCAAAGCUGACUUGCAGCAACAGUGGAUAAUAGUGAAGACAUACGGCAUUUUCUGGAAUAUUGAAUGAUCUCAUAAUGAAGAUCUCUCUUCUGCAGCAGAUGUAUAAGGACGUACUGGUAGGCAUUCCACUAGCAAAGAAAAGCCAUCACUAUACCUCUUUACUUAAUCUUUGUGUUGAACAGUCACCAGAAAGAGAUGAAUCAUGUAAUCAGAUGCAUCUUCCAUCUACUAACGGUGGUAUUAGGAGCCAGCAGGACACCGAUAUGUCAGAUGUGGUUGUCCCUACGACAGAUGAUGUAUCAAAUAGCUUUGCAAACAUGAACUCCUCAUUCCAUCCCCGAGAAGUGAUGUUGCUUCAGUUAACCUUAAUCAAGAUGAUGGUUGCUAAAGCAGAGUCCCAGGAAAUUGAAUUCAAUAUGAGACAGAAGUACUGUGAAAUCUUUGUCCUUCUUCUGAAGGAGGCAAAAAUUGACUCAAAAUUGAUUUGUCUGCUGAGUAGUUAUGAUCAGCUGUUAUCUCACAUGGCUUCAAAAAGUUUAGCAUCUCUCGUGUAUUUCCAGCUGAAGGAAGAGAAUGCAUUAAAUGUCAGCUGGCUCACCUUUAGCGUGAAGACUCUUUCAGGAUUCCCUGUGAGUACCCAGGUAGCAGAAUGUCUGUGGACUCUUACUACUAUUAUCAAGGACAUACUGAAAGAGAAAGCUUCACUCAAAGCAGGUAUUUUGAAGAAGUUGUUGGCUCCUCUUGAUGCUGUGCUUGAAGGAUUUUAUAAUUCCAUUCUGUUCCAUCAUUUUGACAGUCACCACUAUACUUCACCUUAUUCUGAAGCUGCAAACAAUUUGAUUGGUUUUAUAGAUCUGCUUGAAGCACUUUUGGCUUCCAGAAUUGAAUUAGAACUACCGCUCGGAUGCCAGAGAGUAUUGUUUUUGAAAGUUUCUUAUGUCCUGAACCUCAUUAGCUCAUCAGUUCACUAUUUAAUCAAGAAGAAGUCUAUUAUGCUCCUUAAAAAAUGUGUUCUUUACAAGUCUAGAGAAGAUGCUAAAAGUGGAUCGCUGUUCUUACAAACCCCAUCUUUAUAUGAGGAUACGCUUGCACUGAGUAAUGCUGUUCUGCAGGUUGUGAAUUUGACUUGGCUUAAUCAUAUCCCACUCAGUGAAAAGGCCAGCUACUUUGGAGGUAGCGAAGCUGCUCCUGGAGAUGAUACUCGAGGUGUUUCUGACCAAACUGUUCUUAGAGCCUUAAGUCUGAUUGUGCUUAAAGCAUUGGAAUUCAAGUUUCAGAACUCUGCUACAGAAGCUGAAAUCAAAGACUUUCAGAGUUCCAUGUCCCAGCUGUUGAUAUUCUGGAGGAGUCAUCUGAAGUCCUUCCCACAGUCUCGCUCAGUUGUACAUCACUGUGAAUGGCUUUCCUUGAUCUUCAUAGAGCAAGAUGAUGAUAUGUGGGAAGCUGCUAAAGCUUUAUUACUCAUUUAUUUACAACUCAAUAGGUUACGGUAUGAUGCUGCUAGUAACUUAAGCCAAAAAGAGGAGGAAAGCUGGAAUUUUCUUACGCAUGCAAGUGGAUAUAAUCCUCACUGUAUCUUUUUAUUUUUUCUAGAAAAAAUUGCAUUUGAUUCCACAGUACUUCUAGAUUUUUUGAUUUCAUCAGAAACUUGCUUUCUGGAGUACUUGGAUCUCCAUGAUUUAAGGAGGGAUAAAAAUGCUACUGCCACAGCUGUCAGCCAUUUAAGAGCAAAGAGGGCAGAAAGAGAAACUGUAAAAUGCUCAGGUCACUGCUGCCCAAGUGUGUUUGGAAGGACUUCCUCACCUUCUGGGUGCUCCAGGAACCUCAUGAUGAAAAUUGAAGCUGAAGGGAGACAGGAAAACAGCCCAACUACUUAAACAGCUGCUAUUAUGAAGAUGGACAUCUCCAAGAUUGCCCAGUGAAUGGCCUGAUUUGCUACAGUGAAAAUAUAGGUUGGAUGUUGGGUGAACAUCCAAUUUAUGGAUAAUAAAACAAGAAUAGGCUGCAGACCUGUGGAAUUUCAUCAACAGUAUUCUAAUUAUUUGGACAAUGUUCAUCAGAGAUGGUCUAAUCCCCUGUGUGCAAGGCAAGACCUGGUACAAAUACAGGGGAUUAUGGAAGAAAUAUCAGAGAACCAACCUUUCUAUGAGUGAGUCUGGUGUCUGUGGGAAGGAUUUCUUCUGAAAUCUGUGCACUCUGGAUCAGACCCCAAAUCCCAGAAUUCCCUGAAAGGUUAAGCAUGUGCUUAUGAGCUUCAUUGAAUAAAGAUGUAUUAACCACUUCAAGACCUGAAAAGGUAGUCGUACAGUAAGGCAUCCAUGUGUGGAAGGAAAACGUAAAUUAGUGACAUUCCAAGAAUCCAGUAAGAAAAUAGGCACUGUUGGGUUUUUCUAGGGUUUAAGUGUUCUGGGUGCGUAUUCAGUCAUAACCCAUCUCACCGUAAUCCAACCGUUAGUCCUCUUUCCGCUGUGUUAUAAUAGAAUGGCCUAUUUUCAUUCCAGUUACAGUUUGUGAUAGUUUGCAAUGCACAGUCUAGUUUAAAAAUACAGAUACAUUAGGAAGCAGAACUGUGUAAUGAGUCUCUCCCCUGGUCUUCUAGGGCAGUUUGUCUGCAAGCUUUUCUGUCUGACCUAAAAUGUCACGUUUCAAAGCCCUGCUUCAUUAUCAUGGCGCCUGCUAGCUGCAGUUAAGGGUCUGUUAGCAGCCCCACUAUAAAUCCCUACUUCCAGGAGUUUGUAAUUCAGCAGUAAAAAAAGUGCUCUAGGCUGAAACUGGCCAUAUAAAAUCUCAGUGCAGGAACAAUCAUGAUUUCUCCCUCCUUUAUUUUUGCAUUUGCUUAUACACACACACAACUCAUUCAGUGGGUUUUUACUGUCCCCUUUCGGCAUUUAAAAAGAUUAAAUGGCUGGGUUAUUAAUAUUUCAAUACUGACUACUGUGCUUGGCCAGUAAAUUGACUCACAGUGUCUGUUAACCCAGCUCUGCUUGAUGAAUACAAGACACCGUUUCCCAAACCUGCAGCAAGGCCUCAGCUUAGUGGAAACAGCCCUAUGUGUGGGUUGCAGUGAUUGUUCGUUUAGCUGUUUAAUUAAAGUGGGCUUCAAAGCCAGCCGUGCUUGAAUCUUGAAAGCUGACGUGCGUGCACUAAGCAUGAUGUCCAAAUCCAGCACGGGGGGGAAGCUCUGUCUGGCUGCAAGUAAAACUAAAGUCAUGUGGCCCCUGCUUGAAUAUGGAGGAACAUGAAACAGCCUGAACUACUGUCUGUCUUUGUCUUGAUUUGAUCUUAGCACUUGAUCCUAUAUACAUAUAUCGCUGUGAGAUAGUCUGAUGGGACAUCUAACGCUACGAGGAGACUUAGUUGAAAUUCUCCCAGCUCAACCGUUUCCCCAUCGAAACUGUGGUUCAGUGAAAUCAAUUAUUUCCUCAUAUUUUUUUCUGGUUUACAGGAAAUUUUAGUCUGGAAAAGUUAUUUA